UGUCCUGUUAUGAAUAAAUAAAAAAUUAUAAAAUACGGUUAAAAGACGGAAACAAUAAAAAAAAAAAACGAAAACACAAAAAGUGAACAUCAAUGAAGGGUCAAAAUACUAUUUGUUAAACCCUUAUAACAUAUCCUACGAGAAUAAAGGUAGAAUAACAAAAAAUAAAACGCCAAGGCAGGGGUUUUAGAAAAGAAUUUCGAAAAUUUUUACAACAUUAAAAUACUAAUUUGUAAAAAUGGCAUGUUUAAGCACUUCCGGUCGUCGAGGACUUUACAGUGUUGUCGGUUCGCGAAGCCACCAAACUCAAAAAUAUCUUUGUCAAUUAUUUUUACAACAAAAAAUCAACAGAUCGUUUUGUUCAAGCGCGGUCACUGCUGCUGCUCUACUUGGAAAAAGCAGUGUAGGCAACAUGUCCUCGUUGUUGCCACAACGCAGCUUUCAUGGAGCAGGGGUGGUAAUGCAACGUCACAAUGCCAUAACAGCAGGACAGGAUUGUUUUACGUAUUUGCAAAACACAAACGCCGCCUGCAACAGCAGUAGUAGUAGCACAACAACCACAAGCAGCUCAAAUGUAAAUAAUAAUAAUAGCCCUAAUUCCACAACACUGACAGGGAGUUAUCGUCAAUACAGUUCGGUGCAUACACAACAACCGGCAGGGCCCGUGCGAGAUAUACAAAUCGAACCUUACAUCAUACUCGAUGAUGAUCUGAAAUAUUUCUACGAUGAUGUCAGAGACCUCCUGCGGCAGGGCACGAGUCAGUCUGAACUCGAUAAAAUCGCUUCGUACUACUUCGAUGGCCAGGGCAAAGCGUUGCGGCCAAUGGUUACUAUGCUGAUGGCCAGAGCGAUAAACUACCACUUAAAUAAGGAAUCAAGUAAUUUGCUAAACAAACAAAGAUUUAUUGCGCUCUUCUCCGAAAUGGUCCACUCGGCAAGUCUGGUGCAUGACGAUGUCAUCGAUCAAUCGGAUUUUCGACGCGGCAAGCCAAGCGUGAAUGCGCUGUGGAAUCACAAAAAGGUUACAAUGGCUGGUGAUUAUAUUCUCUCAAUUGCAUCGAUUAUGAUUGCGCGUCUGAAGAGCGACGAUGUGACGAUUGUUCUAAGUAAGAUUUUAACCGAUCUGGUUCAAGGCGAAUUCAUGCAACUUGGCUCAAAGGAAACCGAAAAUGAACGAUUCGCGCACUACCUGACCAAGACAUACAGGAAGACGGCCUCACUCAUAGCGAAUGCGCUGAAAGCGACGGCCGUAAUCGCGGAAGCUGAUGAAAACAUCACCGAAUUGGCAUUCCAAUAUGGCCGCAAUGUGGGCUUAGCGUUUCAGCUGGUCGACGACAUGUUGGACUUUGUCUCCUCCGCCGAAACAAUGGGUAAACCAACGGCUGCGGAUCUAAAAUUGGGACUCGCCACGGCGCCGGUGCUCUUCGCAUGCGAAAAGUACCCCGAGCUAAAUCCGAUGAUAAUGCGGCGAUUCAGCGAACCUGGCGAUGUUGAACGUGCCUUCGAACUAGUCCACAAAUCGCACGGACUCGAACAGACGCGCUUCUUGGCCAAAAAGCAUUGCAUCGAAGCGAUACGAUUGUCACAGGAGCUGACCGAGUCGCCAUACCAAAAGGGUCUGCAAGUAGUAGCGGAUUUAGUCAUUAACCGUAUGAAAUAAUAGUUUAAGUUUGGGUACAGGGGGGUAGAUGGUGCAAAAAAAAAAACAAAAAACAAAAAACAAAAAAGUGCAACGAUAAAAAAAUUAAUAUAUACUUAUACAUAAAUAAUAUGGGUGGCUUUGCCAAUCAAUCAAUAAAAAAAAAAAAACAAAGAAAAGAUUUAUAGUUUCAAAACAACUAUACAUUUAUAUACCUUAUUAUAGCUGUAAUUUUAACAACAAUAAUUAUAGAACGAACAAAAGAGUCCAAAAUAAAUUAUAAAUAGAUUUUAUAUGCAAAUAUAAGGUAAAAUAAAACAAAAGGAAAUAUUCGAAAAAAUACGACGAAUCAAACUUUGUUAAAUUUAACAAAAAAAAAAAACAAACUACUACAUAUUUGUAUUUAUGUUUGCACAUGCUUGAUUUGUUGCGAAUUUCGCAAUAACAAAAGCAGACCAAAAUACAACAACCAACCAUCAAAACAUGAAUCGAGUUAAUAUCCAGCAUAAAGACAUAAAUCGAGAAGCAUGAAAUUUUGUAUUGUAACCGAAAUAUAAAUUUAAUAAUGUUAUACGUUAGUAUGUAUGUAAGUCUUGUUGACACUGUAAAUAGUAAAUAGUAAUUUAAAGAAGAACAACAAGAAGACAUUUUAUGCAUCCACUCAGUUGAACAAUGAAUCUGUAUAUAAGGGCAUAUACAUACAUAUAGUACGUACAUACAUAGAUAGUUAUUCACGUAUUUAGUGUGAAAACUAAUAAUAAAAAAACAAAACAAAAACAAAAACACUUAAAAGGCCAGCAAACAAAAGGUAAUAGCAAAAAGCGAGAAAGUUUUUUAAAUAUUAAAUCUAAUUUGUAUAUAAGCCAGAUUGUAAAGAAGAAAUUGCUGUACAUACAUACAUAUGUACAUACACAAAUGCAUAAAUAUUGUACAAAUGUAAAGACAAGCAGUCGGAAGUGGUUAGCAUUAGGUUAUGUAAAAGAAAUUAUAACAAAUGUGUUCAUGAUUUACUAAAAAAAAAAAAA